CUGUUCCGCGACAUCAACAGCACCGCAAACACACAAAAGAAGCAAAGAAAACAAAAGAAAGAGACGACGAAAUGGAAAGAGAGCCACAGAAGAAGACGAAGCUGAGGAGGGACGAUCAACUGAAUUAGGACGGAAGCAACGAAACCAAACGAGGGGAGAGGACGACGACGACGUAGCAGCUGGAGGAGGAGAAGCGACGAGGGAUCCACGAGAGGAGGACGCGGGGACAGGACGAGCAAAGGUGAAACAGAGUGCCGGGUCGCAUGGAGGCGGCGAUGGAUCUGAUGCGGCGGAUGCCGCCGGGCAGCGCGGAGACGGCGCUCAACGCGCUGCUCUCCCUCCUCCCCGACCACUCCCUCGACCUCCUCUCCCAGGUCGACCUCCCGCUCCAGGUUUGCAUGGAUAAGGAGAAUCUGAAGGAAUACAUUCUAUGCGAGUAUAACCGUGACGCCGACUCAUAUAGAUCACCUUGGUCGAACAAAUAUGACCCUCCUUUGGAAGAUGGUACAGUUCCCUCUGAAGAGAUGAGAAAUCUCGAGAUUGAGGCAAAUGAAGUUUUCUCUGUCUAUCGUGACCAGUACUAUGAAGGUGGGAUCUCAUCUGUGUACAUUUGGGAGGAUGAAGAUAAUGGUGGUUUUAUUGCAUGCUUCUUAAUUAAGAAAGAUGGACAAGGAACAAGAGGGUACAUGCAGAUUGGUUCAUGGGAUGCCAUUCAUGUAAUUCAGGUUGGUCCUGAAGAAGAAGGAGCAGCACAUUACUGCUUGAACAGCACUGUGAUGCUGUCAUUGACAACAGACAACAAGCAGUCUGGAACUUUCAAUUUGUCUGGAUCAAUUAGACGGCAGAUGAGCAUGACUCUUGCUGUAGCAGAUGGGCACCUCGUUAAUAUGGGGAAAAUGAUAGAAGAAAUGGAGGGGAAGCUGAGAAAUUCACUGGACCAGGUCUAUUUCGGGAAGACGAGGGAAAUGGUUUGCACUCUUCGGCCACCACCAGAAGUGCUUAAUAUGAGACUACCUGACAGUUGAAGCAGUGCAUAGAAGUGUCAAUUUAACAAAGAAAGAUAUCAUGUCUUCACUAUUAUUUCGUUAGGCAUGGUCAGUUUGUGCUUUUUCCCUUCUUUGUUUGUACUUAAUAUAGUUUCUAGUCUGUGUAUCAGAACCGGCACCUUGUUGAGGUAUCAUAGGAGCUUCUUUGUCCUCCGAUUUGUUGUGAUUGAAUGAGAGAUGCGAAGGUGUCAGCUGUAGCCGCGAUGUUUCGUCAGGAGAGUGUUGUAUCUUCAGAACUGUGUUUACUAUUCUGAAGGUCUGGUGCUCUUGUGGUCUGAUAGUGAUAGAUUAUCCACUUGAACCGAUGAACAAAGUUGGACUCGGUAUGAGUUCUGGUACUGG